CUCAAAAGAGCACAGAGCGAUAUAUGAGACCUCAGCAUACGUAAGUCUCCCAGCCUGCCAACACUAGACACUUCACAUUCGUCGUGAUAAGUUUUGGAACCAUAUACACCUCUUCCAGACAUGUUUUCGCUCACUGCCCUCCUCUGUUUCAUCUCCCUGGCCUCGGCCGCCUCGCUCCAAUUCAUCAGUCACCCGAUAGGCCCAAACCCACGCAAUGUUUCCUUCUACAUCUACGUCCCCGAAACCCUCGCCUUACAACCUCCCAUUCUCGUAUUCCUUCAUGGGUGUCAUGGCUCCGCUCAAGACGCCUUCGCCAAUUCAAAAUACUCCAGCCUAGCCUCGCGAUACGGCUUCAUCAUAAUAUACCCAGACUCGCCUAACCCCGCGGACAAAUGCUGGGACGUAUCCUCACCUGAAACACUCACACACAACGGCGGUGGCGAUUCCCAAGGCAUCGUCAGCAUGGUACAGCACACACUUGGAAAGUAUGGGGCGGAUCCUAGCCGUGUGUUCGUAAGUGGAAUCAGCAGUGGCGCGAUGUUGACGAACGUGCUUAUUGGGAGCUAUCCAGACGUAUUUGCUGCAGGCGCAGCAUUUGCAGGUGUACCAUUCGGAUGCUUUGCUGGGACUGGGUAUGCGGAAUGGAGUGAUGCGUGUGCGACGGGAAGAAUUACGCACUCAGGCCAGGAGUGGGCAGCGAUCGUGAAACGGGCAUACCCGUCGUAUUCUAGCUAUAGGCCAAAGAUGCAAGUGUAUCAUGGGACGGCCGAUGAGGUGCUCAACUAUACGAACUUCGGGGAGGAGAUCAGGGAGUGGACUUCCGUGUAUGGCAUCAGCAAGACGCCAGUGAGCACGUGCCUAGAUACGCCGAUCAUGGGAUGGACAAGGACGGUGUAUGGAAAGGGGGAACUUGAGGCGUACAGUGCAGCCAAUGUCACCCAUGACAUACCGAAUCAGGAAGAUGUAGUGAUGAAAUUCUUCGAUUUGACUUGCAUGAUCGGAGGUUGCUUUCGAAGACCAGGAUCCACCGGAUGAUCGCCACAACCAUCGUCAGCAGUUACAACAUUGAGACGUCAUUUUGAAAAGAGCAGUACCAACAGCUGCCCCGAUUAGGUUUGUGCAGAAAACGGGGCAAGGUGGCUCAAUAGGCUGGCCAUAGGCUAUACGGGACGGAAUUUUUGUGAUGAAGGAGCUUGCUACUUACACAAUAGCUACUGUUCGCAAUGCU